AUGUUCAGGCCACUCCAAAGGAAUUGGUUGGAAACGACGGAUGCACCGCCUACGGCGCUUGUGACGAGCAACAAUACAGUACAUCAGGGGCCUAUUAGUCCCGUCCGUAGGAACCCGCUCAAUGAGUUGAAACGAGGCCGAGAUAUCAUCGACUAUUUCUCCCGAUUACUGGCGUCCGAUGCGGAGGAGAAACUUUCAAAAGCCCGCCAGAUGGCCGAUCCCGGAUUGCCAGACACUCGUUUCAGAGACCGUCUUCGGACGUUGCAGUCCCAGCAGAUCGAGACCUUACUGGACAAAGCGCAUGCGCAGUCGACCAAAAUCGAAGAGACUGCGGGCCGUGGUGAAGUGCGAGUGAGGUAUCUUCAUCAAAUCAAGAAGCAGCUGUUGGCGGCCCUUAUCGAGACCUUGACAACAUCGUCCUAUUCGCGUGGACAGUUCUUUGAUGUAUUUGGCCUCGUUGACAACAAGAAGGAGCGAGCCGCGCAACGAAACAAUCAGGAGAAUAUCCAGAAGGCCACUGCGCUGGUUGUUGGGGAGGCGCACCGGCGGUACGGCGUCUCGCCGUCGGCUGAUGACUAUCAUUACGUCGUGGCUGCGAAUGUCUACGCGGGUAACAUGGCAGCGGCGCAAGACGUGGUGCAUUUUGCUUUUACGAAACCCAGAAAGCCCAAACACGAAACCAUUUGUCUGCUCGCUAUUGCGCUCGCAAAGAACUGGGAUUGGGAAGGGACGGCGAAAUGUUGGGAGCUUUUGCAGCGGACGGAGUACCAGACCGAAAUGCUGACCGAGAAGACUUUGAGGCUGGGAUAUAUCGCGGCGUGGAAGGCGCUGGUUUGCAGUCACCUGCGCUCCAUGGACGAAUCGGCGCUCACGGGCGUACUCGAGAAGCACGGUUUCAAGAAUGUAAUGGAGUUGGACUCUGCCCUCAUCAACCGGACGUUCACGUCAGAUUGUCUCCGGGCGCUCCUCAGAGCCUUCAUUGAGGCUCAACCCGGCCGGCUUCGGUACGGUCUUGAUGUGUAUCGACUCCUCUGCUCGCUCAACUACGAUACAGUCGAAGAUUACGAAGUGACAGUCCUUGCCUUCGACUCGACGCGACAAGCUGAAGAGAUAUAUGCCCUGGAACGAUUCGCAAGAUCAAGGCAGUACAAGGAUCGGUUGAACGAUGACGCGGACGUGAAGCGCCGAGUUGAGUUUGCCAAGAAGAAUCGGCAUCAGGCCUUUGGGAAGAAAUACAGCCGCGACAUCCGGGACGCCCUGGAUCGCCAACCACCGGACGUCACCCGUGCCUAUGAUCUCUUUGUGACCGCGGAGGCCGAAGGCUAUGCCCUUUCGCCCGGUGCAUUCAGCGGUCUCGUUUUCCAUUGCACGAGUGGGAACCGGCAAUAUGAGGCACGGAAGGUCUUCGAAGCCUCCCGCCGGCGGAACGUUACGCUGCCAAAGUCGAGCUACCUUAAACUCAUUGAAGUUGCGUGUGAUAAUGGAGAUUGGAAACAGGCGUACGAGCUUAUCGACGACAUGCUCCAAGACAAGGGGCUUGCGGUUGCCGCGGCGGACGUAGGGGCACGAAUGAUGUCCCUGGCAGGCAAAGUGACCCAGGGCAGUGUCGCACAGCUCGAAAGUGUUCGUGAGGUUUACAAACAGCUGAUUGAGAAAGGAGUCGCCACAUCGAUUAGGAUGGUCAACGUCCUCGCAAGCAGCAUUGCGAAAGUCGGAGACUUCGCGGCUGUGGAGAAGCUCAUCGGGGAACACGAGGGGUCUGUGGUCACAGAUGAAUUCACCCUUCACGCUGUAGUUCUAGCUGCUACCAACGCUGGACGGACGGAAGAAGCUCGAGCUUAUGCUGAACGCUACUGGGAGAGAGGCAUCAAACCUUUUGUGUCGACUGUCGCGCUGUUGAUCGAGGGUAGUGCAAGUUUGGAGGAAGGCAAGCGCUUGGUAGAACGAGCUGAACAAAAAUGGGGGAUCCACAUUCCCGGCAAUACCGCAAGGAGUUCUCUAGCGAAGAUUGGAACUCCUCGCUCCUUGGCUCAUACCAAGGACCGAUUGCUGUUUACAUCUCGAUUAACUGGCAAGCACGCGACAUCUGGAUCAGCUGAAAAUGACGAGGAGAUCAAGCGGAGAACGAUGGAGAUACAGGAGCGUUUAGCAAAAUCUGAAGUGAAAGAAGCUCUAGCGCUUUUUGACGAUAUGAAUGCACAUCCGGAUUUCAAACCGAAUCAGAUCACGUAUCAUGUCCUUAUCCACCACUUUGCGCGCCUUAAUGAUCUGAAAAAAGCCGAAAGCCUCUUGAAAGACAUGGAUGAGGCAGGGAUCACACCUACUGUGCACACUUACACGAGCGUAGUUGGCGCAUACGCCCGCAUCGGCACUGACGAGGACAUUGAGAACCUGCUUGAAGAGAUACAAAAACGACGCGUCAAUCUCGACGCUGGCUUUCUGAACGCCAUCAUCAAAGCCCGUGUCGAUCAACUCGACAUGAAAGGCGCCCGUAGGUGGCGCCGGAAAUUGAUAAAGUGGAAGCCCGACUAUGCAACCAGUCGCAUCCGGACCAACCAGCUCACUUAUGUCCUUCUCAUGGAAGGGUACGGGAAUGUCGGAACGUCAAGAGCGAAGUCCAGUGCGAUCGAGUUGUUGAAGGCAAUCGAGUCGAAGUCGAACAUCGACCCCACGUCUCGCAUUGUUGACCACGUCCCGUACACGACGUGCAUUGCGGCGCUGGGUAAGAAUGGUCAAUUGAAGGAGGCGUUGCAGACGUGGAAUCGUAUGCUCGUGAGAGGGAUCACGCCUGUCGUGGAGACGCACAAUGCCUUGUUAUUGGCCUUCUACAAGGCUGGUGACUUGAAGGGUGCCGAACAGUGGUUCACGCACAAGCAAAGUUUUGGGGCCGCCAAUGCAUUUGAGCCUGAUGCCAUUACGUACAUGACGUUAAUCAGAGGACAUGCGGACGCGGAUGAUGCGGAAGGUGUUGCGCGAUGGGUCGCUGCCAUGAAAGAAGCCGGGAUCCCGCCAAGUAUCGCGACGCACUGCAUUCUUUUGACCUGGAUGUGCCGCACCAGUCGCGACGCUCAAGCCCGCGAAUACUAUGCAUCCAUGCCAACCACGGGCGACGUCGGCGAACAAGCUGCCCACGCUGUGAUGCUUGGAUUCAGUCAGCGGACAGCGUUACCCGAUGGCAACACCGACGCCGAACUCGACAAAUGGCUCGAAACAUUCAUGGACAGUGGCGUCCCGCUGAACGUGCAUGCCAGCACCCUCCUCCUCGCGACAUACGGCAAACAGGGCAAAUUCGACGACAUGCGCUCCGUUCUGGAAAUCAUGGACGAGACCGGCAUGCGGCCGAACGAAAUCACCUUCCACGUCAUUCUUAACGCGUUGGCAAAGGCAGGGAAGGUGACGGAAAUGCAAAGCUACAUCGACGAGAUGAUUUCUAGAGGCGUCCCUGUCCAAGUGGGACACGUGGUCUGCUUGAUGGACGCCUACGUCAGGACCCGCAAUCUCGAGGAACUCGAAAAGUGCUGGCAGUGGCUGCAGGAGGCUUCCUGGCCCGGCCGCCCGCCACACAAAGUGAGAAAGACUGCCUAUUUCGACCCCAACCUCCCCGGCGCGGCCGUCUCGCUUUACCUCGACGGCCUCGGUCUCCUCUCCACCGCCGACCGCGUCAACGACGCCUGGAGCGCCAUCCAACGCAGCCGCAAAUCCACCCGGACACAACUCGAAGACAACGAGGUCUGCUCAUACGUCGAGGCCCUCGUGAGGCUUGGACACGUCACAGAGGCCGUCGACGCUGUGGUAUGGUGGAAGGAGCUGAAGGAGUCGCGCAAGCUAGAUAAGGUGGAUCAGAAGAUCUUGAGGAAUCUCGUAGGGAUGGUUAUGCAAGGGGAGGGCGCGGAGAAGAAGGUGAAAGUGGUUUUGGACAGGCUGGAAAAACAUUUUCGGGAGGGUGAGUUGAGGGAGGUUAGGGAGUUGGCGAAGGUGUGAGUGGUUGGUUUUUCUUCUGUGGCGUAUUGUAGAUGCGGUUAGAUUGCUGGUAUUUUGGGAUGUACAUAGUUUCAAUCUAGAAUGUGGAUGAUCAUGGACUGCCGAGGUCAGGAGUCCUCGGACAACGGCA